UGGUUUUGCGUUGCCAUUCAGCCUAGCACAUUGGAUUUCCACGUAAUAGACUCCAUGAGGAACCAUUUCGGAACCAAGGACAGAAAGCAGAAGAAGAAGGUUGUCAUCAAAGACCCAGUGGAAAUGGCUGUGGAUGAUUGUAGGAAGAGGCUCAAUAUUAUACUGGACUUGGUCAAGCCAGGAUUGGUUGGGAAAAAGCCAAUGUCUCCCAUGAUAUUUGCAGAAGUUCCCCAGCAGAAUAACCUGAGGGAUUGUGGGGUGCACUGCAUGAUGUGGCUGAGAAGAUGGGAACCUGGUGUGACCCUUACCUACACAGAGGAAGAAGUUGCUGGCUUUCGUCGUGACCUGACAUGGUGGUUGGUCAAUCAUGAACAGAAUGAAAAACGUGACGAGGCAUUGGCCCUUAUUCGACGACCACAACCAACCAAGAGCACAAAGUCCAAGAAAAGGCGUCGGUCUUAGGUGUCUCGAUGUUAGGGUCAUAAUUCACUUGUCCUCUGUUAGAUUGCUGUAUGUAAUGUGCAUUGUAGGCUGACCAAAAAUUUACUGUGUAUUGUUAUGGUUAACAGAGAUUGGUGUCCAUAAAUGUAUG